AUGGAGCUAAAGAUGAAGUUAGAUGCCCUCACUAAGAAGGUCGAUGCUCUCGUCAUUGGGAAAUCCAUCAACACUGUGAACUCAUUCCACGUGGAUUGCUGUUCCAUCUGUGCUAGCCCUAUUCACUCAGCACAGACUUGCCCUUCUUUGCCAACCUUUGUCGAGUCAUCAAUGGAACAUGUUAAUGCUUUCAAUGACUUUCGAAAGCAAUCCAAUGGACCCUUCUCUGAUACUUACAAUCCAGGGUGGCGAAACCAUCAUAAUUUUUCGGCUAUUGCCAAGAUGGAGACUCAGAUUGGGCAGAUUGCUAAUCACCUGGGUGAGAGAGAAAAAGGAAAGCUUCCUAGCCAGCCUUUGCCAAAUCCAAGGUUACAAUUUCAAGGGGAAGUUCAUCCAAUGCUGUGCAGGGGCAAGAACAUGUUCAAGCCAUUGUCUCACUUAGGCCAGGAAGACAAGUGGACAACCAAGUGGUUCUUCUUGAAGAGAACCCUGUUGCACAGUAAGAGCAAGGAAGUGGCAGCACUAAGGAAAAAGAUGCGGAGCCAUCUACAGCCAUUGUUGAGACCCCUCUUAGGUCGUUUAUACCUAAGGCGCUCUACCCUGACAGAUUACUUGCGCCCAAUAAAGGAGGGAAGUUCGAGGACAUUCUGGAGGAAGACUAAUGUCCCGAAGAAGGUAUGUUUGACCGAGCAUGUCAGUUCAAUCCUGCAAUGCAAGCUGCCCAUCAAGCACAGGGACCUUGGAUGUCCGACCAUCUCUUGCAUGAUAAGAGUUAGCCGCAUAGAGAAGGCUCUGCUAGAUCUUGGAGCAAGUAUCAACCUCCUGCCUUAUUCGGUUUACCUGCAAUUGGGGUUGGGAGAAUUGAAGCCUACCUCUAUGACGCUCCAAUUGGCUGAUUGGUCAGUGAAGGUACCACGGGGAAUCAUCGAGGAUGUUUUGAUUAUGGUGAAUAGAUUACUUCCCCGUGGAUUUCAUAGUGCUAGAUACAGAGCCAGUCCAGAAUGUGGGGAUUCAAAUACCGGUGAUUCUAGGGCGUCCUUUCUUAUCCACGGCUAA